CCGGGGAGAGCGGGGAGCCGUUGGUGUUUGAAUCGUUCCCUGAAAACAGCGGCAGAUGACAGCAGCUCGCAGCUCUCGCAAAUAUUACAUAUAAGUUACUAUUACAUCGCGUAAGAAGCUCUCUGGACUUCAGCCUGAACCUUUAUCAUCAACCGAACAUGUCGAAAAAACAGAUUUUCUAUUCCGACAAGUACAACGACGAGGAGUUCGAGUACAGACAUGUGGUGCUUCCAAAGCAGCUGUCUAAACUGGUGCCCACCUCCCACCUGAUGGCUGAAGACGAGUGGAGGGGACUGGGGGUGCAACAGAGCCAGGGCUGGAUUCACUACAUGAUUCACAAACCAGAGCCACACAUACUCCUUUUCAGAAGGCCUCUCCCAAAGGAUUAAACAGGAGCCAUCUGUAAAACGCCUGCUAGUAUUUUUUGCUGAUUUUGGAAAUUACAUCUCUGACACACAUCUCUACAUAUGUUCCAAUGUAUUGUGUAGACGACAUUUUCUAUUCUGAUUUUUCUUUUACGUCUCCCUCAAUUUUUAGAGGUAAUGAGAGGCAAAUUACUUUAUUCCAUUCCAUCUGUACAAUAUGAUGCUAAGUAUAAUUUCCUCCUUUGAUGCCAUAUUGUUGUGAUCAAUUUCUUUUCUGAUAGGUCAAACCGUCUUAUGGUUUCAUUUUCCUCAUGUGCACCCUUUUCUCAAGAGAGCUUUCUAUGUUUUGAAUAUUUCCUGUUCUUUAAACUUGUGUUUGUGUUGUAAAUAUUAUUUGUAGAUAUUAUAAAUUUUGAAAGUAAGUCAUUGGUUGAUUCAGCCGGUUCUGUGUUGCUGAAAGAAUGUAAUAAAAUGUACUUCCUCACAA